AUGCCAAAGACGCCACAGUCCCAGCCGCCCUCCCCAGUCAAGCAGCCAGCCAAUGCCCCUGCCCCUGACAAAUUAGACAAGAUGUCUGAAAUCACUCUCAGAAAGAAGAAGAACGCUGACGCUCAGGCUGCUUUCCGUGCACGCCGUGCUAACUAUAUUGCCACCCUCGAAGAGACAGUAACCAGCUUAGAGGCAGUUGUAGUCCAGCUUCAGGACUCGUGUCGCGAGGCUCGCGCCAAAGCCUCAGAAUUGCGUCAGGAAAACCACUACAGUGUCUACUCAACUGCGCAUUUCAUGAUGCGAACACCUGUUACGCUGACCGUGACAUUGGGCGCUUAUCAUGCCUCCGAUGCAUGGGACCUAGAAUCGGACGAUACUAGCGGGUACCUUGCAUAG